AUGCCACUGAUCCACGCCUACGCCCGGGCGAUUCGGCAGUGCGCCGCCAAUCUCCCCGACGCGAUCUCUCUCCACUCUUGCAUUGCGGCGGCCGGAUUCGGCACGGAUCCAGAUCUCGGAGCGCUGCUCAUCCAGCUCUACGCCAAGUGCGGCAGCGUCGAUCGAGCUCGAUCCCUGUUUGAAUCACUGCCCCGGAAGAGCGCUCUGUGCUGGAAUUUCGUCAUCGGCGCAUACGCGGGCAAUGGACGAGGGGACGAAUCGCUGUAUCUCUUUCGGCGAAUGGCACUCGAGGGAGAGAGGCCCGACCGGCACACGUUUGUUCGAGUUCUUGGAGCUUGCACGAACACGGCUCAAGGUACCGCAAUCCAUCGCCAUAUCUCUUCCUCGGAGCUGGAAUUUGAUCUCAUGCUCCAAAAUUCUCUCGUGGCGAUGUAUGGCAGACACGGGAGGGUCGAUCUCGCGAGGUCCGUGUUCCAAUCCAUUCCGGAGAAGAGCCUGGUAUCCUGGAACGCGAUGAUCACCGCAUAUGCCCGCAACGGGCAUUCGAGAGAAGCCGCUCAUGCUUACAACGAGAUGAUCUCUACCGGCAUUGAGCCGAAUCAGAUCUCGUUUUCCAGCGUUCUCGGGUCUUGCGACGAUCUGGAGCUGGGGCAAUCAAUCCACGCGAGAACUCUGGCGGAGUUUCCUGCGAUUUUCUUUGAGGCAAUGGCGCAAACCUCGAUCGUAAGCUUCUACUCGAGGCUUGGCCGUGUGGAGAUCGCCAGAGCUUUCUUGGAGGAGACAAAGGUGGCGCUCCGUGGAACGCUAUGA